AUGGGUAAUUGCUGCUCAUACUAAAAUCCUCCCGCAUAUCUUAGUAACCAUAACACGCCUGAUCAUUUGAGUGUUGAGGAGAGUAUUCAUUAAUUAAUCAAUGCUAUCACUCCUCGAGUAUAUGAAACUUAGGAAUAAUUUAUUAUUUUGAAUCCAUUAAUCCAGGCUACUAUGGAAAAGUUAAAAAAGCUUGUUGUUAAAGACUCUCAUCAUUUCAAAAUGUAAGAUUUGACUGCCUUAAUGGGGAAUAAGAAAGGGUGUUAUGUAAUAAUUAUAUACAUCUUAAGAGAUUAAAGAAUGGGACUUUAUAUUCUGGAGAUUGGUUGGAUGAUAUGAGACAUGGUUAUGGCAAGGCAUUGAAUUUGGAUGGAAGUUUUUAUGAAGGAUUUUUUAAAUAAGAUCAAUAUUAUGGCAUUGGAAGAUUGAUUUAUCAUGAUGGGGACUAUUAUGAAGGGGAAUUUGAAAGCAAUCUAUUUAAUGGGUUCGGUGUGUAUAGUUCUACCUUUUAUUAUGAAGGCGAAUGGUAUAAUGGAGAAAAACAAGGUCAAGGCAAAGAAAUAUGGCCCAAUGGCAUCACUUAUCAAGGAUAAUUCAAGAGAGGCUCGAAAGAAGGCUAGGGCAAGAUGAUAUUUAAUGAUAAUUCUUAUUAUGAAGGAGAAUUCCUUAGAGACACUUUUAACAGUAUGUGUAAUUCCUUUAAUCUAAGAUAAAGGGACAUUCUUUUGGAAUGAUAGCAAAAAGUAUGUCGGCGAAUGGAGAGAUGGAGUCAAAGAAGGCCAAGGGUAAAUGAUUUGGCCUACUGGUUAGGAGUACAAAGGAGAAUUCCUACAAGAUGAAUUUGAAGGCCAAGGAUAAAUGACAUAUCCAGAUGGAAAGGUUUUCAUUGGUUAUUGGAGAUCAAGCAGAUAAAAUGGAGAUGGGGAAAUCUAUAAAAAUGGAUAACUUUAUAAGAAGGGAAUUUGGAAUAUGGGUACUUUGAUAAAAGAAAUUAAAAAAUGAGAUUUUUAAUCUAAAUUUUUUUAUCCUAAUCAUAAUUAAUUUAAUGUAGAAAAUUCCAGAAAACAUUGCUGCCUUGCCAACAAAUAAAGAACUAACCUUCAAAGUUCACAUCACUUAUUGCGGAGGAUGAGGAUACAAGCCAUAAUAUAACCUAGCUGCUUCUUAUAUAAAAUAAUUAUAUCCAAAAGUCUAAGCCUCUGGUAAAGCAAGUGAAAAAGUUACAGGUGAACUGGAAAUAACAGUCACCAAAAAUGAUGGAACUUCUUUAUUGGUACAUUCUAAAUUGAAUGGUGAUGGACCUUUCAAUAACUAAUCAGCUUAAAAAGCCUUAGAGAAGUUGAUUGCAUUUGUUGAAAAAUGAAAUCCAAUAUAAAUGAUAAAUAAAAAGGAAUGAUCGAAAUUAAAAUGAAGAGAUUAAUUCAAACACACUAAAAUUGAUCUCUGAUAAUGACAUGAUUUUGAUUAUAAACUUUUUUGUUUAUUAACAAGUAUUCAAUUU